AAUAUAUAUAAGUAUAAACCAGCCUCAUGCAGCCUGCACAAUUAGGUUUACUUCUUCAACAAACUCAGCUUUUGAUUGCGGUUUUCGAUCUCUGAAUGGGCGGUGGAUAUAAACAUUAUCAUGCUAGCGGCGCUGGACACUGUCCUCCACACGCAGCAUACCCGCCAUACCCAUACCCUAAUCACGGGUAUCCUUACCCUUCUCCAGGUGGUUACCCACCCGCUGGCUAUCCCCACGGUGGAUAUCCGCCGCCUGGCGGUUACCCUCCAUCUGCUCCCUAUUACCCAGGAUAUUGUCCUCACAAAAAGUCUUGUUUAGUACAUGGAGGUCACAAACAUGGUGUGGGGACGUUUCUUGCCGGAGGUGCUGCGGCCGUGGCGGCAGCAUAUGGAGCUCACCACACGCCUCACUAUGGCUAUGGAUACCACCAUCAUCAUCACCAUGGCAAGUUUAAACACUACAAGUUCAAGCGUGCGAAGUUUGGUAAACGCUGGAAGCAUCGAGGGAUGUUUGGCAAGCACAAGAUGUGGAAAUGAUCUUAUUUACUUCACAUGUGUGUCAUUCAUAAAUAGAAAUUUAUUUCUAAGUACAAUGUUGGAAUAAUUAGUGAGUUUGAACACAAAUAAUUAUACUUAAUUAUGAGUUUGCGUUCUCCUUGAUGAAGUUUUACGACGAGCUAAAAUGUGUCCAAAAUAGAGGAAAGAUGAAUGAGAUCUCGAUGCUCAAGGCUGUUGAUGUUGCCUAUUGUUAGUGUCGGCAUCUCAGCUCCGUUGUUGUUGAUGGUAGCAACGAUUACUAUAGAUGAGAAUCUCAUAAGCAUGAACUGGCUGCUGAUCUAGGUGCUGCUAAUGGUUCCUACUUGUGUGGUUGCCGCUUGGUUAGUGCUGAAUUGUUGAUGUCGUCGGUUGCUAUUUAUGGCAGCAAUAGUUUAACGAUUUAGUUACUGUUGAUGUUAGUUGCCGCUUAUGGGCAACAUAUGUUACUAGUCAUGGCUCGGUUGACUUGA